UGAACGACUUCGAUUUCGUCUGUGACUACUAUUUCUAAUCACUUCAGUACCUUUAGAAUCUUCGCCCCUUUUCAGAUAAUUUCGUGACUAUAGUUUUCCAACCGCCGAAGCAAAUUCCGUUUGCUUUUCUCCCCACUUUGCUGUGUUGAUUCUUCCACAAAACUAUUCAUCUCGAUUUUUCAGGGAAAUUUUUUUUUUUUUAGCGAAGGUUUGAACUCUCUCUUCUUAAUUUUCUGUCAGCCGUAUCCCUGGUGCCACAUUGCAGUGCUUAUUUCGUUUCGGUUGCAGUGAGUUAUUUCGGUUCAUAAGGAACUUAUUUUCCAUUUUUAUGUCGUCUAGGGUUUUUCGCAUUCCUUUUCCCGCUGAAUUCUUCUUACUGGAAUUGCAUAUGCCGUGAAAGAUGUGUGUUUUAUAACUGUUGUUUGAUUAACAAUCGCGGCUAGUUAGUCUGAUUCACUGUUCUUAAUGAACUGAGGUUUUAUUGAACUUCAGCGGUUUAUUACGAAUGAUGGUUUUAUUUUUGCUUUUUUCACUUGUUUCUGUUCCCUUUCUGCAACAUGGAGCAAGGUAAGUCAUCCUCUCCUCACUCGUUUGACCCUUUUUCAGCCUCCCCUGCUCUUAUCAAAUUCUGAAUUUAUUUAUCAACCAUAGCAAUCAUAAGGUUAGGCACGGCGAGAGAAAAUUCUUAUGAAAUAGUGAUGUUUAGUUGAUCGUAGCGAUGAUGCUCUUAUUUCAGUACUCUCAUUAUGCUAUCUUAUUUUUGCAUUGGUUUUUAGCUCCUUACUGGAGCCUCUGCUUGAUCACUAUGCUAUUUUUGUUUUAAUCUCUGAGUUCCGUGUAUGGUGUAUGAUAAUACUUUCGUUACCUGCAAUUAGGCCGGUUGCACUGGAGAUAGGGGGGAGUAGAUAUGAAUGUUGUUGUACUGUUGACCUCUUAGAGAAAGAAAUACUAUGCCCUCCAUCUUUUAAUUCUGGAGUCUGGACACGUUAGAAGUUAUUGUCGCCCUUCACCACAUCUACUUUUAUUGUCUGAAAAAACAUUAAAUUUCAGUAAUACUUUUUUUGCGCCUAGCAAACUAUAUCUGCGAUCCCGAGCCCAUUCUCCAUAGAGUAGCAGCAAUGCUGCAAUUUAAUGUAUGAAAGAAAGUCGAUAUAACCGUUUGAUAAGUAAUAAGUUCCAUGUGGACAUUAUUUUACGCAGGGAGAAGAUACCGCACCUAUAUGUUAUCAAUGAAUAAUUUACUGAUGCAAAGAACAUACUAUUAUGGCUCUCAUGCGCUGUUGAUUUGCAUUUUCGUUUCCCUAGGAUAAGAUGGAACAGAAGUUGUUUGAUGAUGAUGUGUCUUCUGUGUUAUUCCAAUUCCUCCUUCUGACGUCCCUUCCCCGAAAAGAGAGGAUAAAAAAAUGAAUAGACACAUGAACAAGGUUGUUUCCAGCAGCAAUCUAGGUACACCUGAUAUUGUCAAAGAUGAUGUUUUCACCUGAGGCAAUUGAUAAGGUUUGAUUAAUUCCGUACAGUCAAGAGCAGACUGAAAGAAAGAGAGUUGAAUGAGUGAAUCAGAGGCGUUUUAGACUUUUGGAGACACAACACAUGCUGUAGAAGUAGCAAAUCAUGAGAUUGAUCAAGGAAUGCUGACCAUCUAUUACGAGAAAUAAUAAUUUUCUACCACGAGUUUGACGGGUGCUUUAUGUUCUUCCACAUCUUUUUAUACAUUCCUUGAGUCCACGAUCAGGUCAGGAAAUAUGUGGCUCCUAAACCUAGGUGUGGAGUUUGCGGGAACCUUCAACUGGGCUAUCUCCAGUUCAAGUCUAUUUGUGCUUGUCGCUCUUGUUCUCUCCAUGUAUCUGAUUUUUGAGCAUUUAUCUGCCUAUAAUCAGCCAGAGGAGCAGAAGUUUUUGAUUGGUCUCAUUUUAAUGGUUCCUGUUUAUGCACUGGAAUCGUUUUUGUCGCUACUUGAUUCGAGUGCAGCAUUCAACUGUGAAGUCAUUCGAGAUUGCUAUGAGGCUUUUGCAUUAUAUUGCUUUGAGAGAUACUUGAUAGCUUGCUUAGGUGGUGAGGACAUGACAAUUCAGUUCAUGGAAAGCAUGAGUGUAAUGGAUUACAACUCUCCUCUUCUAAAAGAAGUAUAUGCGUAUGGAGUUGUAGAGCAUCCAUUCCCUUUAAACUGCCUCCUAAGAGAUUGGUAUCUUGGUCCUGACUUCUAUAAUGCUGUGAAAAUUGGCAUUGUGCAAUAUAUGAUACUAAAAAUGAUAUGCGCAUUGCUGGCAAUGAUCCUCCAAUCUUUUGGGGUUUAUGGAGAGGGGAAGUUUGAAUGGAAGUAUGGGUAUCCCUACCUGGCAGUUGUUCUUAAUUUUAGCCAGACAUGGGCCUUAUACUGCCUUGUACAGUUCUAUUCUGUUACUAAAGAUAAAUUGGAGCCAAUUAAACCACUGGCUAAGUUCCUAACUUUCAAGUCAAUUGUGUUUCUGACAUGGUGGCAAGGGGUGGCUGUUGCAUUUCUUUUUUCAGUCGGAGCAUUUAAAGGUUCAUUGGCUCAGGAGCUCAAAACACGUAUACAAGACUAUAUAAUCUGUAUAGAGAUGGGCAUAGCUGCUGUUGUGCACCUUUAUGUGUUCCCUGCAGUACCUUAUAAAAGGGGAGAGAGGUGUGUUCGUAAUGUAGCGGUGAUGGAUGACUAUGCAUCGCUAGGGACAUUACCUGACCCUGAGGAGAUUCAAGACUCUGAACGCACAACCAGGACACGGCUUGGACGACAUGACGAGAGAGAGAGAAUGAAAUUUACUCACAGUGUUCGUGAUGUGGUUGUUGGAAGUGGUGAAAUUAUUGUUGACGACAUGAAAUACACAGUUUCGCAUGUGGUAGAACCAGUUGAAAGGGGAAUUGCAAAAAUAAACAAAACAUUCCAUGAGAUAUCAGAGAACGUGAAACGGCACGAGGAGAGGAGGAGGAGCACCAAGGAUGAUAGCCAUCUCGUACCCUUGCGGUCAUGGAGGACUGAAUUUCCUGAGCUUCAAGAUAUUCUUGUGGAAGGGAGUGUCAGUGACAGUGGUUUGCCCAGUGGAAAGAGGCGGCCUCCCCAAUCCAGAGCGUCAACGUCUAGGUUUUGAAUUUCGUUUUUACAGUUCAUGCAUGUAUAAAUUUAAAGUCAUACUCAAAAUGGAUUUUGACAUUAUUUUUUAAACUACGUCCAGGUGAUUUGAUGAUCGUUUUUUUUUCCCCUUUUUCCUUCCGCUAAACGGUUCCUUGAUUAGCUUUAAGUAUGAUAAUGAUAGGUCAGGGGUCAUUUUAUGUCAUGUGUAAUUGUAUAUCUUUUGGACCGUCUCGUGUACAUAGCCUUUUUUGUAAGUUGCUUUAGUCCGGGAAGUAAUGAACAAAGGGGAAAGAAAAUAGAUGGAUACUCUUGUCCUUAUUACAA